AUGACCUUGCUCGAUACGAAAGAAGCCCAAAGCCCCAUGGACUCUGGAUACAAUGACAAUGUAUCUUCACCUUCCGAUUCAAGAGAGCCUCAUCUGAUAUUCGACAAUUUUGAUAUUGACAUUGUAAUCAAAGUACUUAACGCAACGAUAUUCUCACCCUUUUUCGUAAUCUUCUUGCCAAUCACAUUCCUCUCUCAGACCCAUUCUGGUCAUCCGGCAUUCAUCUUAUCAUGUAUUUGGACGGGGAUCAUCUGCUUUAUCGGUAUAUUGAACCAUAUUGAUAGAGUCUACAGAUCUGGUGGGACAUGGUUGUUCGCUCCUGAAAAACUGAAAUGGGAUGAACAGAUUGUACUGAUCACGGGAGGCGGAUCUGGGAUUGGUGCUCUCUUAGCUGAGACCUUGGCAAUGCGGAAUGUAUCGGUAGUGGUACUUACCAAGGAUCCACCAAAGUUUGAAACUGACAAUGAAAACAUAUGUACGUACGUAUGUGAUGUGUCAGAUUAUAAAUCUGUUGAAGCGGUAGCAGAGAAAGUAAGGGAAGAGGUCGGCGAUCCAACCAUCAUAGUGAAUAACGCAGGAGUAGUCAAAGGUAAAUUAUUACUGGAUCUAACAGAAGGAGAUGUGAUAGAUACGUUCGGGUCCAACACCCUGGCUCAUUUUUGGAUAUUGAAGGCAUUCUUACCGUCUUUACUGAGGCAGGAUCAUGGUCAUAUAAUUACCAUGUCUAGUGUGAUGGGCGUAGUGGGAGCUGCUCAAAUGACCGACUACUGCGCUAGUAAAGCCGCUUUGAUAAGUCUAAAUCAAUCUUUAAGGUUCGAAUUCGAUAAUCGUUACAAAACACCCAAUAUCCGAACUACCCUCCUUCUACCAUCGUUCAUCUCUACCACCUCAUUAUUCUCCAAAACCGUUUUACCCUCUUCUAGUCUGUUCAAUUUCUUCUACCCACCACUCCAAUCUCACCAAAUCGUUAAAGUCAUUAUCGAUAAUUUAGAUUCUAGGGAAAGUAAGAUCAUCAGAUUACCUUUUUACACCAAUCUAGCUAGGGUGAUUAACGAUUCGGUGGGGGUCGUACCUUCUUGGACGAGGGAUCUGAUACAACGUAUUGCAGGAGCGGAUCAUGCGAUGAAGGAAUAUGGACCUAAACCAGAUGCUGCCCAGAGAUUAGCGAAAGAAAGACAGUCAAGACCAAAAGCAGAUUGA